AUGUUCUCGUAUCAUUCACAUACUCUGGGUAGGUCGACACGGCUACAAUUCCAGCGCACGUUCAUUAAAUCGGCUUUGUUCACCCUAUCAUCUGUCGUCUAUGGGGCAGUAGCACCAUCGAUUGAAUUGGCUAACAAGAUGGAGAGAAACGAAGUUCAUGUAAAAAAGAGCAAAAAUGAUCUGGAGUUGGAAGAGUUGGAAAGAUCAAGAGGUCGGAUAAUUUCUAAACAUUUCCAAAGGCCUCAGAAACUAUAUCCGAACCAUGUUCCUCUCUUUUGCUAUGAAAGGGCCCUCCUCUUUCUUGGCUCUUCCAUUGGUUCCUUCUUACAUCCAGAGAGGAACGAGUUUAUUGUUGCUUUGGGAGAAACUAGUGCGACAGAGGGGUUUUUAAAGAGGCUACGGUCGGACAUGUUAAACGAUGCCGUGGGAAGACAGAUUUUGAAGGAUCGCCCAUACAUCACGUCGGAGUAUUUGAACCUAGAGAAGUUAAAGUCGUAUCCAGACAACUCCUUUGGAAAAACGUACUACAAUUGGCUGGUCAGGGAACACUGUUCUCCAGACGAGAGAGUGGAUGUGAGAUUUAUCGAUGAUGAAGAACUGGCUUUUGUUUUCCAAAGAUAUCGUCAAUGUCAUGACUUUUACCAUGCUUUACUAGGAUUGCCCGUUUGGCGUGAGGGGGAAAUCGCCUUGAAACUCUUUGAAUACUUGAACAUUGGUAUCCCAUUCGGCGGAUUGGGUGCUUUAUUUGCCCCUUGGAACGUCAAGAAGCCAUCCGAAAGAGAGAGACUCUUCAAUGUCUACUAUCCGUGGGCCUUCAAAAACGCAUACCAUUGCAAAACAAACCUCAUCAAUGUUUAUUGGGAGAAAGUCAUGGACAAGGACGUUGAUGAGUUGCGUAAAGAGCUCAACAUUGAAAUUCCACCAGAUAUGAGAACCCUGCGAAAGCAGCAUAAAACCACGCUUGGCUAA